GGUUGCAGUAGAAUGGAUCACCUUUGAACAACAGUGAUUCAUGGUCUUGGAUUUAGUAAUGUCAACUUGUAGAAAAUAUAAAACUCAUCUUAGCCAAGACACUUUGCCUAGAAGGGAGAUGCUCGUACAGUGGCACAUUACCACAUCAACAAUGUGCUCUUUGUGUGCAAUAAGGGAUGGGACUCCGCAACAUAUUUUUUUGGCACUACAACAAUAGAUAUUGAAUAUAGAAUUCGCUACAUCUCAUUGUGCCUACACUGCUUCAGUUAGGCGUCGACUGGUUAGAAUGGCUAAGAGUUACAAUUUGAGACAAAGGUCUUAUUAUUCCUAUUAUUUAUGGCAAAUUUGGAAGGGUAGAAACCUCCAAGUGUUCUAACACAGGUUUAUCUAUGAAAUAAUCUAUUACCUAAACGUUGGGUGACUUGUCCACAGUCGCAUGAAGGACAUAUUUCCAUUCAUGUGGAUGACAGUCAUCAAGGAACCUUUGGCCUAACAGGAUAUGGGGGUUUGCUUAGAAACUCAGCCGAUGGUUGGAUUAUGAGUUUCUAUGGAGGUUUAGGAUGAGUAAAUAUCCUCAAGGUUAUUGUACAUGGGCUGCAAUUAGCUUGGAAUCUUCAUUAUAAUAAUGUUUUGUAUAUGACCGAUUCACUUCAUGCUUUACAUUUGUUUCAGAAUCUUUGUUCUCUUUUCAUUUAUGUGCCACCAUUGAAAGAAACAUCCAGAAUUUUUUACACGAAGAUUGGAGAGAUCAGAUCAUUCAUUCUCUACACAAAAGAAAUUAAUGUGCAAAUUUUUUGGCAAAAUUUAGCCUCCAUACUAAUAGUGAGUGAGUCACUUUAGAGACUUCCCUGCUGGGAUAUUUCUUAUAAUCAUGGCCCAUGCUACGAGAUUUCUAUUUCUAAUAUUGUAAUUUUUCUUUCCUGCUUUUGUUUGAUUAUGUUACAAAAAAAAAGAUUAUAAUUUUUCAAUAUAGACCAAAUGAUGCGAGUGGAUCAGGUAUGAGUGGUUCCACCUUUCCCAAUGACCAGUCUCCGACAAGAAAUUGAGUGUGAGGGAUGUUGGUAUAUGAAUACUGAAUAGAGGAGAAGACGCUGCCAGUGCCAUUCCAAACUGCACUCUUUAAUUAAGUUGAAGAGAAAUGGCAGAUGCGAUAGUGGUGUUCCUGAUAGAGAAGUUGACGAGGCUGCUAGAGAAGGAAGCGAAGCUGCUGGGCGGGUUGCAGGAUGAAGUGACGUGGUUGCGCGGGGAGCUAAAGUUCAUGAUCCUGUUCCUCAACAACUCCCAAGGGAAGCGGAAAGAGCACGACCUGGUGGCGGAAGUGGUCAGCCAAAUCAGAGACGUGGCCCACGAAGCGGAAGACGUCAUCGACACUUACAUCGCCCACAUGAUCAAACAGGGAAGGAGGACCAUGGUGGAAAGAGCCGUUGUCCGCUCUGUACCCAACGCGCGCAUGCUUCACGACGUGGCCGUCAAGAUAGGGAGAAUCAAAACCACCGUCGACAAGAUCUUCGACAACCAAGAGAAAUACGGGAUUGAAGGUGGAAGGAGAGAAAGCGUAGAAGAAGCCGAGCGCAUACGCAAGCGGAGGAGGGACGUGGAGGAAGAAGAGGUUGUGGGGUUUGAGCAUGAUUCCAGGUUUGUAAUUGACCAACUUAUGGCAAAGGGUUCACGCCUUGACGUUGUUUCCAUCAUCGGCAUGGGUGGCUUAGGAAAAACCACCCUUGCCAAGAAAGUAUACUACGACUACAGGGUCAAGACUAUGUUUCCUUGUCGCGCCUGGGGUUAUGUCUCUAAUGAUUACCGACCCAGGGAGUUUUUCCUAAGCCUGCUCAAGUGUUUGUUGUCCACCUCUAGAUACAAUGAUUUGUUCUUCAAAGCUAAAGAGACAAGUGAGGAAGAGCUGAUGAUAAAGGUGCGAGAAUGCUUGAACAAAAGCAAGUACUUGGUAGUGGUGGAUGACAUUUGGCAAACCCAAGUGUGGCAUGAGAUUAAGGGUGCAUUUCCUGAUGACUGCACCGGGAGCAGAAUAUUGAUAACUAGUCGUUUGGCUGAGGUGGCUACGGCUUCUCGCACAAGUUCAGCUUCUCCCUACACCCUUCCCUUCCUCGACAAAGAACAAAGUUGGGAGCUACUUUCCAAGAAGGUGUUCCUCGGAGAAGAGUGUCCUCCCGAUUUAGAGCCUCUGGGAAAAGAGAUCGCUGAAAGCUGUGAUGGCUUGCCACUUGCCAUCAUCGUCAUGGCGGGGAUUCUAGCAAAAAAGAACAAGUCACCGGGGGAAUGGUCUAGAAUCAAGGACCGUGUGAAUUGGCAUCUUGGGAGGGACAACACACUGAAGGAUAUACUGAAACUCAGCUACGACAACUUGCCUGCAAGGUUAAAGCCCUGCUUUCUAUAUUUUGGCAUCUACCCUGAAGACUAUGUGAUAUCGGUUAAACAAUUGACUCGGUUGUGGAUAUCUGAAGGCUUCUUAAUACAAGAAACUUCCACAACCCCAAACGUUCCAGAGCCAGAGUAUAUUGCGGAAGAGUACUUGGAAGAGCUAGUGGAUCGAAGCUUGGUCCAAGUAGUAAGCAGGAGCAAUGACGGGGCUGUCAAAACAUGUCAGAUUCACGAUCUUCUUCGCGACCUUUGCAUCUCCGAGAGCAGGGAUGACAAGUUUUUUGAGGUUAGCGGAGCGAUGGAUUUUCAAGCCCACAACAGUUGUCCCCGUAGGUUGUCCCUCCACGGUACACUAUUUCAUUUCUCUUCAACCACUACCACCCUAUCUGAUUCCUGCAUCUCGGGCACGCGUUCCCUCUUAUGCUUCGGACAAGACGUAUACAAGGUUAAAGCAAGCCACUGGACUUGGCUUCUCAAGAGCUUCAAGCUCGCUCGCGUGUUGGAUCUAGGACGAAUGAAUGUUAACUCAAUACCCGGUGAUUUGGGGAAUCUGACUCAUCUAAGGUACUUGAGAAUAUGCUCAUAUAACCUCGAAACUAUUCCGGCUUCUAUCUGCAGGUUGUGGAAUCUAGAAACCCUGGAUUUAAGGGGUUCGCCUAUAAAAUCCUUUCCUAGUGAAUUGUGGCAACUUAAGCAUCUAAGGCAUCUUCUAAUGUUUGGACCCGUGGGGCUCCCAGAGAUGCCAUCGGAUCAAAGUAAAACCAUGCCGAAUCUCCAAACCCUCUCUACCGUGGCUCUUCAUCCACGCACAGCAUCCUUGUUGGAUACUCGUAGAUUCCCCAGGUUGACAAAACUGGGUUUACAAAGUCGUGACAAGUGCAAUGCUCAUAUCCAGUUACAGAGUCUCCACCGCCUAAGCCAUCUCCACAAGCUAAAAGUGAUUGGCACUACGGAUAUUCCGCAAAAUGCGAACGUGUUUCCGUCAAACAUCACCAAGAUAUCCCUCACAAAGUUUGGUUUCUUCAACUCCAGUGCUUUGCAUACACUAGGAAAGCUUCCCAACCUCCAGGUUCUGAAGCUGUCAUCGCAGACAAACGAUACUAGUUUUGACCUGCACUGUGCCACGGGAGGGUUCCUACAGCUUCAAGUGUUUGAGAUGUUGACCAUCAAGGUCAAAAGGUGGAGAGUAGACAGAGGUUCCAUGCCACGUCUUCGACGUUUAGUCCUCACAAGCUGCAAAUCCUUGACUGAACUUCCAAAAGAACUCUGGUCUAUGGCUACCUUGAGGGAAGUGCAGGUUUUGUGGCCCUGUACAGAAUUGGCAAAAAGCCUCCAAAAGUUGGUGGUCAAGAAUGGGUGUAAGCUCCUACUCUAUCCCCUCCCUCUUGGCCAUUGAACACACUCUUAGGUUCUCUCCAUAUCUAAUUCAAAAUAGGGGCCAUUGCCACAAUUAUAGAAUCUAAGAGUAUAUAGUUAUUCGUUAUUCAUUGUCCUCUGUGUUACAUUGAUAACAAUGAGAUGUCACUCUUCCAAAUUGACUUUUUCUAUCAUUUACACUUUUUUAAUCUAUUUAUCUACCAACUGAUAUAGAUUAUCAUGUGUUGGCCCUACGUAUAUGCAUGCUGAAUUUGAUAUAAAUAAAUUACUUUAAGAUGAA